GAAUUACAGGCCUAUGAUUCCAAUUUUCAUAGUACCGAAACAAACAUGAUAAAUAUCCUUAAAAGUUUUAAUUGACAGUCAAUGACAAUGAAUAUAACUUCCAAAUUAUCUUUAUUAGCUAUUUUUACUCAUCUCAUAGGUAUCUGUUUAAUAUUUAAGUGUUAUCUACCUCCAAAAGUCUCUAUUACCGGCUACAACGAUGUAAAAAAAGUUGCUUGGGAACCGUCUAAUAAUGUGUCAUCCCCACCUGAAAAAUCAUUUAGUAGACUCGUUUUUGUUGUUAUUGAUGCUUUACGAAUGGAUCAUGUUGAACAAAUACCUUUCAUACGUGACUUGAUGUAUAAUGGGCAAGCUAGAGUGUUUGAGGCUGAAGCUAACAUACCAACGGUUACUUUACCGAGAAUCAAGGCUCUAACAACAGGAGAUGUAUCGGUUUUUAUUGAUGUAAUCGUAAACUUAGCUUCCCCUGAACUGCAAUAUGAUAAUAUAAUUUAUCAACUGAAGGAAAGCAAUCAUAAAAUAACUUUUUACGGUGACGAUACUUGGAUUAAACUCUUUCCUGACAAAUUUGCUCGUGAAGAAGGAACAACAUCAUUUUUCGUAAACGAUUAUACCGAGGUUGACCAAAAUGUUACUAGAAACGUAAAAGUCGAAAUAUAUAAGAAGGAUUGGUCAAUAAUGAUUCUUCACUACCUCGGUCUGGAUCAUAUUGGCCACUUAAUUGGUCCUAGAAGCCAUUUGGUCCCACCUAAACUACAAGAGAUGAGUGACAUCGUAAAAUUAAUUUCCAAUAAUCUUGAUGAUAAAGCAUUGAUUGUUGUUUGUGGAGAUCACGGAAUGAAUGACGCUGGAAGUCACGGCGGAGCGUCACAAUCCGAAGUAAAAACUCCAUUUAUACUGCUUUCAAAACAAUUCCAUGGAAAAAGAAAGAAUUAUAUUGAAGUUAAUCAAAUUGAUUCUGUUCCAACGCUUUCGUGCCUGUUUGCUUUAGCAAUACCCAAAAAUAACUUGGGGAUUGUUAUACGAGAAGCUGUUGAAGAUAUUCUCUCUCCAAGAGAUGUUUUAAAAUGUUUUCACUCAAAUGCCCAACAAAUUUCCAUAUUCGCAACAGAUGAAACAUCGUUUAUGCUAAAAGCAGCUUAUCAUUCUCAUGAAACAUUUCUAACUUCAAAUUCAAUGAAACAUUAUAAGAAAGCAGUUGAAAGUUAUAGAGCGGCCAUACAAAAAAUAAGUAAUGAUAAAAAGAAUAACUUUAUUGAAUUUGACUCAUUCGGUCUAUGGUAUGGUGUCAUUAUAGUUGUUGUAUCUACCAUGCAUUUACUCUUAUUAGUAUUUUCCACAGGAAGAACUACAUCACCAGCUUUCUCUAGUAUUUCUAUUAUAGUGAAUUUGGUUGGUCUUUUAACAGUAUGUAUUAUGGUUUAUGGAUUAGCUAAUUCACCACUUCGACAUCCUUUCCCAAAAUACUACUUUUUGCUUAUUUUACACUCUCUUUCUCUUCUUUCGACAAGUUUUAUUGAAGAAGAACACCAAUGCUUUUAUCUUUUUUCUGUAACAAUAGUGGUCUUAAUGUGUAGAGAUUCAAUUUUAAAAUGUCCAAAAACCAAGCUUCAAACAUGCCUGUUAACAGUCGCUAUUUGUAUACUGUGUAGAUUACAAAGGAUUUGGACUUCUUCUGGUGACAAAUGGUCUCAUUUACCCGAUGUUGGCGAUUUUUUGGAUGAGAACGAGACCCAUUUAGUGGUAAUCUUCCUUAUAUCCAACUUGGUUAUAGCUUGGUGCUUUUUAUCAAAAGAUACAGCUUUUUUAUGGUUUAUAAUAGGACUAAUUUUUGCAGGAGUUAGUAAAUACUUUGUUGUGCAAGUGUUUUAUGCAAGAACAGCGAUUGUAAUAAGUCUAUUAUUAGGUAAUUCUAAUAAACUCUCUACUGUUGAUCUUGCUUCGGCUUUUGUUGGUCUAACUGAAAAUGUUCCAGCAAUUGCCGCAUUUAAUAUGUUUUUGUGCACGUAUAGCGGCCCAGUCAAUUGGUUUACCGCUUUAGUUUCUCGAUUACGAUCCGAUUUAGAUGUUAAUUUAAAUUUGUGUAAAAUGGACUUGGGAGGCUUGCAAACUGGAAUAAAUGUUGAUAUUCAGCGUACUGACGGGAGAAUACACACUGCUGUUGUUUCCAAUAUCGAGGAAACAACGAAAACAGUGACUGUCGAAUGGUUUGAAAAAGGGGAAACGAAAGGAAAAGAGAUCGACUUUGAUCAAAUCUUCUUGUUAAACACUGAUUUACGACCAAACUCGAACAACAAAAUAAUCAGCGGCCAAUAUGAAGAACAAGAAGAUAUAGAUCAAGACAGUAUAGAAGAAGAUGAACCAAUUCAUAGUAAUAACCGGCAGAUUUCUGAAAAUGUUCCGACUCCAAGAGAAACGCCAAGAACAAAUUCUAGAAGACCGGAUACCAGUGGCUCUGCUGGAGGAUCUCAAGCAGUCAAUAAAAUUCGGCCAAGCUAUGCAAGACCUCAACAGCCUUCUGGGAACGCAAAAGUUAAUCAAGUUAUUCAAGAAGCCGAAGUUGUACCUCCAAAAAAGAACGGUGUUGCCCCCGUUAAACCAGUACCAGUAGUUGAUAAGAUUGUUGGUCGAAAGUCUAGUUGCGUAACGGAAGUGGAGAAAAUUAAACAAAAACGAGAUGAACGACGACAAGCUGCUUUGAAUAGGAAAAACGAUGAUGAUAAAGUUGACAGAUCUAAUCCGAAUUGGGAAUUUCUAAUGAUGAUCAAAGAGUACCGAUCAAGCUUGGAUUUUCAUCCGAUUAGUGGCGAAAAUGAACUAGCAAACACUCAUCAGAUCUGUGUAGCUGUACGAAAAAGACCUAUAAAUAAGAAAGAAUUGCAAAAGAAAGAGGUGGAUGUCGUUACAAUUCCCUCUCCCGAUAAAGUCAUUGUACACGAACCAAAAUUAAAAGUUGAUUUAACCAAAUAUCUUGAAAAUCAGUUAUUCCAUUUUGAUUACGCAUUUGAUGAAAAUUCCUCAAAUGAGCUAAUAUAUAGAUACACUGCACAACCUUUGGUAGCAUCUAUCUUUGAAGGAGGCAUGGCUACUUGCUUUGCUUACGGUCAAACUGGAUCUGGUAAAACCCAUACAAUGGGUGGAGAUUUUAGCAACAGUCGGUCGAACCAGCAAGAUUGCACGAAGGGUAUUUACUACUUUGCCGCCAGAGAUUUAUUUCGUUUAGCCAAUACAAAAUAUAAGAAAUCCGGAUUCCUGUGCUCUGCCAGUUUCUUUGAAAUAUAUAGUGGAAAAGUUUUUGACUUGUUGGCUAAAAAGGCUAAGUUAAGAGUAUUAGAAGACGGUAAACAACAAGUUCAAGUUGUUGGACUUUCCGAAGAGGUUGUGAGGAAUGUAGAUGAUGUCCUUAAAUUAAUAUCUAUCGGUAAUGCAACUAGAACAUCUGGUACAACGUCGGCGAAUGCUCAUUCGUCAAGAUCACAUGCCAUUUUCCAACUGGUCGUUCGCAAUGAAAGUAACAAAAAAUUAAUUGGAAAAUUUUCGUUAAUAGACUUGGCUGGUAAUGAAAGGGGUGCAGAUACUGCCAGCUCCGACCGCCAAACACGCCUUGAAGGUGCCGAAAUCAAUAAAUCUUUGUUGGCUCUUAAAGAAUGUAUUCGCGCUCUCGGUAGAAAGGGAGCACAUCUUCCAUUCAGAGCAUCGAAAUUGACCCAGGUUUUAAGAGAUAGUUUUAUUGGAGAAACAUCCCGAACUUGUAUGAUAGCGAUGAUAAGUCCUGGAACAGCCUGCGUUGAACAUAGCUUGAAUACUUUACGAUAUGCUGAUAGAGUUAAGGAACUUGGACCGUCUGAUUUUGAAUCGAAAUAUCAGGAUUAUGAAGCUCCUCUCUUAAAUGGACCCACAUCUCCACAGCAUUCAGAUUUAAUGCUGUUGAAAACGGCCAAUGAAGGGGAAGUUUCCGACGAUUUGAUACACUUCCAUGAGGCCGUACAGCAUUUGCAAGAGCUGGAAGAGGAUGUUUUGGAUAUGCAUCGAGCCAUUUAUGACUCCAUUCCGAAAUGGAAGGAAGAAGAUAAGAAAUUAUUAUUAACUACAGACAAAGUCGACUACGAUGCAGAAAUGUAUGCAAAGAAUUUGAAAAAAUUAUUAGAUUCAAGAAUUAAUCAAUUGAUGGAACUCAGAGAAAAGGUUAGCGCAUUUACCAACAAUUUGGCCGAAGAGGAGAACUUGUCUCGAGUUGUACAAACCGGUAAUAGAAUAAAGAAAAAUUAG